AUGAGCUAUAACACGUAUGGUUAUGAAGAAGAAAAAAUACCUGCAUAUGAUGCAUAAUUUGAUAACUUUGAAGAGAUUCCUCAAAUAUUGGAUAUAUAUAGUACAACAUGUUAAUCACCAAAAUCAUUCAAAUUAUCAAUUCAUAAACAUCAUACAGGAUCAAGCAAAUAUAUUCGUAAAAUAAAAAAGACAAAGAAAUAAAAAUUAAAUUAAUAUACUUCUGAAGAAAAAAGUAAUUAUUUUCAUUAUUUUUAGAUUUCAUCAUAAAUCAGAUUGGUUCUGAAGGUUUUAUCACUCAUUUCAUUCAAUAAAAUAAUAAAUCAUUAUUUCUAUAAGAUAAAGGAUACUUAAAAAUAACCAAGAAACUAGAAAAAAUAAGUCUUCAAUGAAUUUCAAAUAUAUUUAUUAUCUCUUC